AUGUCGUCGUCCCGUGAUGUCGAAGGAGAGACUGCUCUCGCUGAGAUGGUUGACUCUGGUCGCCAGGCUUAUGAGGCUCAGCAAUACAAACGGGCUCUGGAACAAUUCACACGAGCGAUGAAAUAUUGUCCUUGCGCCAGAGGCGUUAAACGUGAGAGAUGUAUAUGCAAGAACUUUGAAAGGGUCGCUUCCGAAGAGGGGUCUAUUUUCAAGGAAGCCAUGUACAACUGCAAAUGCGAAAUCGGCAGAACUUUCAACAAGUGCGACAAUAGGAACCACAUCCAGGCCUUGGACUACCGUGCUGCCACAUUUGAAGCCUUGGGCAAACUGGAUCGUGCUAGGAAGGAUGCGGAAUGGAUGUUGGAGCUGGCACCAAGACUUCCAGAUACUGCAAAGGGAUAUCUUCGUCUGGGCAAAGUAGCGCGAUUGCAAAAGAACCAUGAAUUCGCCUGGAAGAUUUACAAUGCCGGCAUCGACGUCAACAAAGAUACAAAUGUGGCGUCAUCGCCAAAGUUGCAGGUAUACAUACCCGGACAAGCCCGCGCUCGCGGACGGCAUGUAAAGCUAACGCAUUUUUCUAAAAAGGAUCCCCUGCGACUUCCCACGGAGAUUGUGAUGCUCAUAUUCUCAUACUUGGAAUUUGCCGAGUUGCCGGGCAUGAAGCGUGCACCGCGAUACGACGCUCUGAAGAAGAUGUUGUCUUGGGCAGGCAAGGGCGGAGCAAGGAAGAUUGUCAUCCCGCUGCCGAAAGCAUUUCUGCUAAACCAACAAAAGUUGAUGCUUCUGUUGAGAGCAUCCACGAGACUAGAACAUUUGGAAAUUGGCCCCCAGUUCGAUAUUCUGAUGUUCCCACCCAACGAGAAUGUCUGGACAAAGCUACGGCAUAUUUCCAUCAACGGCACUGGUGAUCCCGCUAAACCAGCUUGGAGUACACCCGUCAUUCCAAUAGGCGGAUUUCCUCUGGCAUUUCUGAACAACGCCGCAGCUUCGCUGGAGCAUCUUGUUCUCACCGGAAUACCAGAGCAAUGGUAUAUGACGCAGUCUGUGCCAUUUCUCCCCAACCUAAAGACUUUGCGGAUGAGCAACAUUUCUACGUUACGCCAGUCAUUCCCUAUUUUCUUUCUCUCUGACGCAUUCCCUCGGCUUGAACAACUCUGGAUCGGCCCCAACAUUCCGAACCUUGACUCAAAAUCCCUCUUCAGCUGGCGAGAAAAAUGGCAUACAAUGUGGAACAACCUCAAAGUCCUCAUAUUCGAAGAAUCGUCCGUUGUCGGGCCCAUAUCCCAAGUCGAAAAUUCGCUCCUGACACUGCGUCUCCUGACAUGCCUGAACCACGGCAACUCUCUACGACACAUCCGCUUCGACAUCCCUUCAGAAAACGAGGAUAGACAUGGCAGGCAUCGCGUAUUCAGUAACAGUCGAACGUUAUACGGUGAUAUUGAUAUACCUCAGUAUCCCGAAUUUCGAAACCUGCACUCACUCGCCACCAAGUCCUUGUGCAUCUCACCGGAGAUCCUGAGAAUCGUGUUUUCUGAUGCCUUGAGCAUGGGAAAACUAAAUUCAUUCGACAUUGUAUUUCCCACAGAAUCAUUGAACGAUCGCGUUGGAGAAAGAAGCAUUGCUCACCUCAAGGGAUACGAAUGGCUCCGCGGCGCGGCAUCCAUCACGUCCAUGGGCUGCUAUAGGUUCCGAUUCAGAUUAUAUCCUCGAAACGAUGAUGACCUACCCCUGCCUCAUUUUCUGGCAAGCUUUCCAAAUUUGGAAACGCUCAGUAUUUUCUCGGAGCAUUAUGAGGAGGCGGAAUUCGCUCUGGUUGUGGCAGCCAUUUUGAAGGUGACGACAGUAAAGAAAAUCUAUACAACGUCGGUCAAGGGUGCGGUUAUGGAUCAGUUGAGGACAUUUUCAGAGAGCCAAGGCGUCAAUUUGAUAUGGGGGCAUCAGCCACGAGCAUGGCCAGUGUCGUUGGACGAAUCUUGA